GAAAUCAGGUGGACGGGGCUACCUAGGCACCAAGCAUCGAAAACACCGCCGCUGUUUCUGUCCAGAAAUCGCUGGCUGAGAGCCGAUGCAGCUGUUUGUUUGUGGCGGCAAUGAUCGCCGCAGCGUAGUGCUGAAUGUGCAGGCAGGGGAGAACGUAAGAACCGCCUCGCAUCUAUCCACUGCUCCCCACUUCGCAUCUAUGUGGUCACAUGAUUGCUGUAUGUUGCAGAUAGGUGAGGUGCUGAACAAGUAUCAGCUCAAGGAAGGAUUUCCUCCCGAUGCGCUGCGUGUCACCUUUCAAGGGAAAUUGGUCUGUUUGCGUCAUCCAUCAUCCAUCAAAGCUGCACGAUGACGCAUGAAUGAUGAUGAUGAUGAUGAUGAUGUGCGUGUGUGCGUGUGUGUGUGUGUCAGUUGGAUCAUGACAAGACCCUCGAUUCUUACGGCAUCAAACAUGGCGACUCAUUGAAUGCCAUUGUCACCAACAAGAAGAGAUUCCGUGUUCCGCGUAAGUGGAGCUGCAAUACACCCAUUUGAAUGAAUGAGCAUGACAAGAGCCGCUACCUUCCUUGAUUUUCCCCCAUCAGGGGACUUCUACUUUCCGAGCUCUGGCGGCAGGGAGGUCUGGCAGGCUGAGAGAGGGAGAGGCGUGCCUAUGCGUGUACCGUGUGAUGUGUUGCCCGUUCUCCCUAUGUGUCAGGGUGUCGAGCUCACCAUCUCUGAGUCCAGCCCAGAGAACCGCUACAGGCUGUCGCUGGCCAUCAACAGAGGGCUCAAGGAGGUAAGUGUGGCCUGACCAAUGAGUGAAUGAUGAGAGAGGGGCCGGCCUGACAUGAGCCGAUCGGAUGGUUUUAAUGGUGUCGAUUUAUUUCUGCAGAUGGUGCAGAUCGUGGGCGCAGACGGUGCAGAGCCGCGGGCAGGCCUGUUUGACAUCAAAUCGCAUGACAAAGUAUUCCAAGGUGCGCAGCCGACCAAGCUGCCGCCAGGAGGCAACUUUUGUCUGAAGAUUUGCUUGUCUGUGUCUAUGGUCGAUCAAUCAGUGGCCGAGUAUUCGUUUAGCGAUCUGAAGCCAGAGUUUGAGGGCGAACACAGCACGGUGGUCUCGAUCUUGUCAAGUGUUGAUAUGAGCAGUGCGUCGUCUGUCCACGAGCGCCAGACGGCACUCAUCGGCGACGCCGGUCGGAGGGAGGCCAAGUACCUAAAUGCGCGCGCACAGCUGCGCAAGGUACGAAGACCAAAGCGAAAUGCCAGCAAGGAGGAAUGGAUUUCGCUCUCGUGUGCUGGCUGGCUGUUGUCAGGCGAGGCAGACCAUCUUGCACAUGGAGCGUACGAUCAGCGCGAGGGGCCGCACCAUCGACGAGCAGCAGAGGGCCACGCAGGAACUGACCAACACCAUCGACAUGAAGGACGGCAUCAUCCAAGAGCGCGACGCGGCCAUCCUGUCCAUCCAGGCUGACAACACGCGACUCGGCCAGCAGAAUGCCACGCUGGAGGCAGAGCGGCUUCGUGGCGACCGCCUUGUGUGCUGAACAUGCUCUGGGCCACCUGCAAGCGACUGACGAGGACGCGCUGCCAGGAGAUGAAGCGGAUCAGUUUGUCCAGGGCCUGAAUCGCAGUUGGCGUGGUUGUGUUGGCUGAGGCCUCAAGGAUCU